UUCAUCACCACAGAGCCCCUCCAUCUUCUCUUUAAUCACUUUUAUAGCCUCUUCAUCACUUUUCUUGUCUACUAACCUACUCAGUCACUCUCCCAUUCUCUCCAACACUAACACUCUUCUCUUCUCUUCUCUUCUCUUCUCUUCUCUCUCUGCAACAAUGUCGCUUCCCAAAACGCUGCGUUUUGCUCUCUGUUUCUUGGCCCUCCAUUUCUUUCUUCUUGAAGCCGCAACGAACCCAGAUUUGAAACCGCUUCUGGACUUCAAAGCUUCUUCCGACAAAUCCCACAAGCUCACUACUUGGAACGAGACGUCGUUGGAUCCGUGUACCGGUUGGACUGGAGUCUCUUGUCGUCAAAACAGAGUCUCUCGACUCGUUCUGGAAGAUCUCGAACUCAGCGGCUCGUUUGCGUCGCUCACCUCUUUGACUUGGCUCCGUGUCCUGAGCCUUAAAAACAACCGCUUUACUGGGUCUGUCCCGGACCUGUCAAACUUCACAGCGUUGAAGCUUCUGUUUCUCUCUCAUAAUGAUUUUACUGGCGAGUUUCCGGCGUCGGUUCAGUCGCUGUUUAGACUCUACCGUCUCGAUCUGUCGUAUAACAACUUCACUGGUCAUAUUCCGGCGACAGUCAACCGUUUGACGCAUCUUUUGACUCUUCGACUUGAAGAAAACGGGUUUUCCGGUCAAAUCACUGGUCUGAAUCUCCAGAAUUUGCAAGACUUCAACGUUUCCGGUAACAAUCUCUCGGGUAAAAUUCCUGACUCUUUAUCAAGCUUCCCUUUAUCUUCAUUCUCUCAAAACGCAGCUCUCUGUGGAUCCCCAUUGCAAGCAUGCAAAGCAGUAGUAUCCGAACCGAAAAAACCCGGAUCCGAAGGCGCCAUAGCUUCGCCACUCAACCCAGGGAACAACCCAUCAAGUGUAGUAACCUCGUCACCGAGCUCAAUUCCCGCGAACACAAACCCCAACCCAAGCACGCCACAAAACCCUCACAAAACCCAUGCCAAAAUAAGCUCCAUCGCCGUAAUAACCAUAAUUGUCGGAGACUUCUUAGUUCUGGCCAUCAUUUCUCUCUUACUCUACUGUUACUUCUGGAGAAAUUACGUGCGUGACAGAAAGAAGUCAAAGCUCAUGGAGAGUGAGAAAAUCGUUUACUCUUCUAGCCCGUACCCGGCUCAGGCGGCGUACGAGCGUGGAAGCAUGGUGUUCUUCGAGGGAGUGAAGAGGUUUGAGCUCGAAGACUUGCUUAGAGCCUCCGCUGAAAUGCUGGGUAAAGGCGGGUUUGGAACGGCGUACAAGGCGGUGCUGGACGACGGAAGUGUGGUGGCUGUAAAGAGACUGAAAGAUGCAAGUGUAGGUGGGAAGAGAGAGUUUGAACAGCACAUGGAGGUUCUUGGGAGAUUAAGACAUCCCAAUCUGGUUGGCUUAAAGGCUUAUUAUUUUGCCAGAGAAGAGAAAUUGCUUGUUUCUGAUUUCAUGCCCAACGGUAGCUUAUUUUGGCUCCUUCAUGGUAACCGAGGACCAGGGCGGACGCCGCUGGACUGGACCACUCGACUGAAGAUCGCGGCGGGGGCGGCGCGUGGGUUGGCGUUCAUUCACAACACAUGCAAGUCACUUAAACUCACCCACGGUAACAUCAAGUCUACGAACAUUCUCCUGGACAAGACGGACAACGCGCGUGUCUCUGACUUUGGUCUCUCAAUCUUUGCUCCGCCGAACACCGCCCAGAGAUCCAACGGAUACCGUGCGCCCGAACUUUCGUCAUCCGACGGCCGUAAACAGUCUCAGAAAUCCGACGUCUACUCGUUCGGGGUACUAUUGUUGGAGAUAUUGACAGGCAAGUGCCCGUCCGUGAUUGACGGCGCCGGGGUGGGGUACGGCGGAGUGGUGGACUUGCCACGGUGGGUGCAGUCGGUGGUGAGGGAGGAGUGGACGGCGGAGGUUUUUGAUUUGGAGUUGAUGAGGUACAAAAACAUAGAGGAGGAGAUGGUGGGGUUGCUGCAAGUUGCAAUGUCUUGUACGGCGACGUCGCCUGAUCAGAGGCCGAGCAUGGUGCAGGUGGUGAAGAUGAUAGAGGAGAUACGGGGAGUGGAAGUGUCGCCCUGUCAUGAGAACUUUGAUUCGGUGACUGAGUCACCGUGUUUGUCGGAGGAGAGUACGGUGGGGGGAGUGAGUCAGUGAGCGGGUUGAGUUUACCGCAUUAUUAGAAUUGUUUUACUUUUGCAUGGGAAACUGUCAGUUUUUGCAGAGGAAUUGGAAAUGAUUCUUUCAGGAUUUUGUAAUACUGAUAUAAAAUAUUUGGCAAGAGGGAAAGAAAGCAGUCUAAUUUAUAGAAUGUUCACUUGAGCUAAAUUAAUCCCUUUUUGUUCA